CGCCUGUUUAUUUUUGCCGCCCAGCUCACGUGAACAGAGCUUAGCGGGGUGACCUCUGCGCGUUUCUUUUUCUUUUGUUGCGGCGGCCUCUCUCAACUGUCAGCUGCACCAAAGUAUUCUGUCCGCCAGAUGUAAGCUAGAAACGAUGAAAGCACGUUGAAUUUUUCACGCAACUCGCAGCGGCUGUGUGAUCGUCUCUGGCUUAGACCCCCACCUUGUUGCAUCGUUUGAAUCUAACGGCUUGUCGGAGCACGCCAUGCAAAUUGCCAACUGGUCUGGAGAUGAGUCAUCACGGUCGGCCCUUCCCAUCAAUGUUUUCCAACUCAAUAAUGGGGUCUUGGAAAGCACCAUUUACCGGCUUCCCAAAGGUACAAAAGUUCGGUUCAUCCUGGGCCCCUCACUGUAUGGUAAGAACGUCAAGUUCUUCAUAAACACCCCACUCACGGCUGGCUCCAGCUACUCGAGGACCCAGUAUAACCAAGUUCACUGGAGCCACGAUAUCCACAACCCCAACGAUGAGACGGCAUACUUUGCUGAUGUCACAUUCACUCUGGCCGGAAGCUUUCAUUACUACUUCACGUGCAAUGAUGAACGCGAACAAGCAGGGUCGGGCUACUUUCUCGUCGAUCCCGUGCUUCGGCGUGGCAAGGAUCGGGAAGUGCUGCCGCUGGACUGCAUCCAGUGCCAGACAGUGCUGACCAAGUGCCUGGGUUCCUUCGAUGGCUGGAAGAACAAGCUGGAAGUGAGCCGCGAGAGUGGCUACAACUUUGUCCACUUCACGCCCAUCCAGGAGCUAGGGGCAUCGCGAUCCUCCUACUCUCUGCGCAACCAUCGCAGGCUGAACCCCAUGUUCAGCACGCCAGAUCGCACGUACGACAUGAAGGACAUGGAGAAACUGGUCACCAUGAUGUGUGACGAAUGGAAAGUGUUGUCAUUGACCGAUGUUGUGUUAAACCAUACGGCCAACGAGACUCCCUGGCUCAGAGAGCACCCCGAGUGUGCGUACAAUCUCAAGAAUUCACCGCACCUCAAGCCAGCCUUCCUGCUGGAUGUUGCCAUCUACUGUUUCGGCCUCGAGAUCUCCAAGGGCAAGUGGCAGUCCGAGGGAAUCCCCGCAUCCAUCACACGUGAGGAGCACCUUGAUGCACUGAGACGCGUAUUUGACCUGAACUGGCUCCCACUGAUGCAGCUGCACGAGUUCUUCACCAUCAAUGUGGACAGCCUUGUUGACACCUUCAGGAAGAAGGUCAUUGACAAGGGGCAACCAAACACUGGUCCCGUGCCUGACGGUGGCAGCCUGAAAAUCUUGCGUGAUCCUGAGUACCGGCGCAACGGAUCCACCAUCGACAUGAACAAGGCUUUGCAGAUCUUCAAUCGCAACUGGGAUCCUCAUAGCCCCGAUGCUCCCGAUCUGAUCGACAAGUGUUGUGUCGAGUUCAGGCGCUACCUGGAGCACUUAAAUGGCACCGAGUGGAACUCACUGCACAGCCAUCUUCAAGCAGCGGUGGAGAACAUCAUACGCGGUUGUCGCUACCUCCGUGUUCAGGAUGACGGACCCAAGAAGACUGAAGUCUCUGCCAAGAAUCCUUUAGUGGCAAGGUACUUUGUGAUCAACACUGAUAUUCCAGUCCUGGACCUGAAAGUGGCUGAGAAGCUUAUCUUCAGUGACAAAGCUGCCUUUGUAAUGGCACACAAUGGCUGGGUCAUGAACGAUGACCCACUGCGAAACUUCGCUGAGCCAGGGUCAAAUGUGUACCUGCGGCGCGAACUCAUAGCCUGGGGUGACAGUGUCAAGCUUCGAUACGGCAAAUCGCCUGAAGAUUGCCCUUUCCUGUGGCAGUACAUGAAAGAUUAUGUCUGUGAGACGGCAAAGAUAUUUCACGGCAUACGCCUGGACAACUGCCACAGCACGCCACUACCGCUUGCAGAGUACGUCCUCGACGCAGCACGGCUGGUACGUCCAGACCUCUACGUGAUCGCUGAGCUCUUCACCUCGAAGGAGGAAGUGGACAACAUUUUUGUUAAUCGACUGGGAAUCUGCUCACUCAUCCGAGAAGCCAUGAGCGCUCCCAAUGCUCACGAGCUAGGCCGGCUUGUGUACCGGUACGGGGGUGAACCUGUGGGAAGCUUUAUACCUCCUCCGAUCCGUUUCCUUAAACCAUGCAUUGCGCAUGCACUUUUCAUGGACAUUACACAUGACAACCCGUCACCUUUUGAGAAGCGUUCAGUGUACGACUAUCUUCCAAGUGCUGCUGUAGUAUCAAUGGCAUGCUGUGCUACAGGAUCAAGCCGUGGUUAUGAUGAGCUUGUUUCCCAUCACAUUGAUGUUGUUGAUGAGUUCCGUCAGUACACUGUUUGGUCAGCAAAUCCAACUGAAAAGCCUUCGUGCGUCCACCUACACUCUGGAAUCAUUGCUGCCAAGCGAGCGCUGAACCGGAUCCACUACGAGCUUGGCCUACAAGAUUACACGCAAGUUUUUGUGGACCAGGUUGACCCCAACACAAUUGCCAUCACUCGACACAGUGCUUCCACGCACCAGUCAGUGGUCUUGGUGGCCCGUACGUCAUUCCAGCUGCCUACCAACCCGAACGACACCGGUUGCAUCCCGCCGCUGUGUAUCCCUGGAGUGAUCGAGGAGGUCAUCUUUGAAGCAAAGACUGUCAAAGUGGACAACAAAACAAAGGAGGAGAAGAACAAGGAGUACAUUGUAGGGAUGAAUGGUUACCAACUCGAGAUCCGUGAGCAUCUCUCUCUUGUGGAAUCCAAAAUGGUGGACCUUAGUGAUGCGAGUGAGCAGAACGUGCAAGAGUUGGACUUCACCACCUUCACGCCAGGUUCGGUCAUUGCUUUCAGGGUGAACCCUCAUCCGGUGAGCAUAGCUGCAAUUCAAUACCUCCGCCGGCACCUGACUCAUAUGGGAUACAUUGGGGCAGCCCCACGUGAAUCUAGUGCUGCCGCGGCUGAUGUCACCAAUGAAGAGAGCAUUGCGAGCAUCCUCAAGGCCCUCACCCUGUCCGACCUGAACCGAGUCCUGUUCCGCUGCGACGUUGAAGAACGUGCCGAGGGCAGGGGCGGAUCCGCUUACAACUUCCCGAGAUUUGGCAGCCUCGUUUACUGUGGCCUCCAAGGCAUCAUGUCAGUGCUCUCCGACAUUCGUAUCAGAAAUGACCUUGGUCACCCUGUUUGUGACAACUUGCGCGUCGGUGACUGGCUCAUGGAGUACAUCACCAAUCGCCUCACUCAGGAGCGCACCACAAUGAAGUUUGCCAAGUGGCUGGACCGAGUGUUUGCCUCGGUGAAGAAGACUCCCCGUUACCUGGUUCCCUGCUACUUUGAUGCUGUGGUGACCAGCACUUAUUGUCUUGUGCUUGACGAAGUAUGGAACAAAAUGUCAAAUUUUGUGAAGAACGGUUCCACACUGGUACGAGAGCUGGCCUUGGGUUCGGUGGUCCUCGGUGGCUAUGUCCCGGGAGCCCAACUGCCACCACUGUCGCGUCAGCUGACACCACCUCAACCGCCGUACCAAAUCGACGAGAAGACCAAUGCUCGUCAGGAGACGUGCACCACGAUUUCCGCAGGGCUACCUCACUUUGCGGCUGGCUACAUGAGAAACUGGGGCCGGGACACCUUCAUUGCUCUCCGGGGCCUCUUUUUGCUUACUGGCAGGUUCCAGGAGGCAAGGUACAUAAUCCUGGCAUUUGCGGGCUGCCUGCGGCACGGUCUUAUUCCAAACCUGCUGGACAAGGGCACACAUGCAAGGUACAAUUGCCGCGAUGCCGUUUGGUGGUGGAUUCAGGCGAUUCAGGACUACACCAAGGAGGCACCCAAUGGCUACCUCAUCCUCAAGGACAGAGUGGCACGCCUCUAUCCAACCGACGACAGCCCACCGCAGGAGCCUGGUGUCAAGGAGAUGCCCCUUGAAGAAGUGAUACAGGAGGCCCUUCAGCGCCAUUUUGCAGGCAUUGCGUUCCGAGAGAGGAAUGCUGGCUACCAGAUUGACAGCCAGAUGACCGACGAAGGCUUCAACGUUAGGGCUGGGAUAGACACCAAGAAUGGCUUUGUAUACGGCGGCAAUCCUUGGAAUUGUGGCACGUGGAUGGACAAGAUGGGAAGUUCUGAGAAAGCCGGUAACAAGGGGCAUCCUGCCACACCCAGAGAUGGGUCUGCAGUGGAGCUGGUAGGUCUCUGCAAAUCUGCCUUGCGUUGGCUGGACCAGAUGUACAAGGACGGCUACUACCCAUACAAUGCAGUGGAGAAGACUGAGCAUGGUGUGAAAACAGUAAUGACUUUUGACCAGUGGGGGUCGCUGAUCAAGAAAAAUUUUGAACCGUGUUUUUGGGUGCCUCCUGCACACCAGCCUGUGCACCAUGAUGACUUGCAUCCCGAAUUGAUUCAUCGCCGUCUGAUCUACAAGGACUCGUACGGUGCCAUUUGGCCGUGGGCCGACUACCAGCUGCGGCCAAAUUUUCCAAUUGCCAUGGUGGUGGCACCCGAGCUUUUCACUGCUGAAAAGGCCUGGGACGCUCUGAAUGUUGUGAAGGAGACCCUUGUUGGCCCUUUUGGAAUGAAGACUCUUGAUCCCAGUGACAUGAAUUACAACGGCUAUUACUACAACAGCAAUGAUUCUCAUGACUACAAGUGUGCUCACGGCUUCAACUACCACCAGGGUCCAGAGUGGCUCUGGCCAAUGGGCUUCUACCUGAGAGCAAGGCUGUACUUUGCCCAAAAGGUGGCCGACAGCAAGAAAGCGGUGGCUGCCGCAGUUGAAGAGGUGAAGGCGAUCCUCUCCAACAACUACCAGAUCAUCCAGGCAUCGCCCUGGCGAGGGCUGCCUGAACUCACCAACCGUGAUGGGGACGUCUGUCCCGACUCCUGCCCCAUUCAGGCCUGGAGCCAUGCCUGCCUCUUGGAGGUGGUCUGCGACCUACAAAAACUACAGGCAUCCUUGUAGCUUCUCCUUCAGGCCUGUAGUAAAAUUGGCCCUAGGUGGUGCUUCUACUGCCAGUUAGUCUAUGUAUUGGGCUUCUAUUGUUCCGGCUGGAACCUUGUUGCUUUGCCUAUCUCUUGCAGGCAGAAUCAGGAGGGGAUUUUUUAAUAUUAAUAAAAUAAUUUUCUGCUUCGUGACAGUCCAAGACAUCUCAAGGACAAGCCGGUAGUCAACCUUUAACAUCGUUGUCAUUUUUAUUCUUAGUUAGCUUUGCUUAGUACUAUGCAAUAUCUGCAUUCAGAAAAGCAGAUGUUUAACUGAAUGGAAUUCUGGGGUUUUAUGUGCCAAAACCAUGGUACGAUUAUGAGGCACAUUAUUGUGUAAGACCCCUGGUUAAUUUUGACCACCUGUGGUUCGUUGACGUGCACCUAAAUCUAGGUACAGUCUCAACGAAAAAAGAUUGGCACAAGUGACCAGUUGCUGGAGCGGCAAGAUUGCGAGAGGCGGUGCUGUUUUUCCCGAGCACGCCGAUAUCAAGAGUGCCAAGCACAUUCCAUUUUCCAAAGCAGGGCAGGGCAGCGGAAAGUACGCCAAGAAAACUUUUUCGGGGCAACCGCGAUAAAGAUACGGUUGCUCACAACCCAAGCAAAAAAAGAAAAGAAAAAAAAUCAUGUGCAUAGCAACAUCUGCCGACAAGCAAUGCACAAGCGUUUCUUCAAGAUAUGUGCUUUCGGAUGGGCCAACAGCAAGAUGGGCUUCUUUCCGCUGGUCCACCGGCCACCCCUGCUUUGGAAAAUGGAAAGUGCUUGGCAAUCUCGCUAUCGGCGUGCUCGUGAGCGUGUCGUGAUUUUGCGGCUCCAGCCACCAGUCACUUGUGCUAAUCUUUUUUCCUUGAGACUGUACAUGGGUACGCUUGCAUUUUACCCCCAUUCAAAUGUGGCCAUCUUGGCUGGGAAUCAAACCCACAUCCUUUGGCUUAGCAGAGCAGCACUUUACCUGCUAAGCUGCCAUGGUGGGUAGUCUUUAACUGAAUACUUGCACGUUACGUGGAGGUUGGCACAAAAACGUAAUUUCGACAUGCAAGUAAUUCUUGAGCAGUGGUGACACUCGAGAGCAACUCGUUUUAAAUCUCGUGGAGAGCAAUAAGCCACGGACACUUGUCACAUUUGCAUUAAUUUUGAUCAAGAUAUUUCGCUUGUUGCCUGGAAACUCGUACCACAUGAUGGCACAAAAGGCAUGGCAGUAAUCUGUGAACCUUAAUCAGCCUUAUUUCGAUUUUGCUGCUCGUUUUCUGUCGCAACAGCAAGAACUACAUGUCAAGAUCAUCCUUUGCUUCAUUUCAUCGCAACAGUUUGUUUUGAUGCUGCCUAUAAUGCUAGCAAAAGCUGUGAAAGUGUUUUGACUUCAGCCUGCCAGAUGGCUGCAAGCAUGUCACACUAGACUCAUAGAAUGCAAUUUUACUAGCGAUGACAGCAGUCGAAGCAACACGAUAGCCUCACAGCCAAUUGUUGUUUUUUUUUGGCAAGUGAAUGAUCGCAUUUAUAUGGGCAAAAAUGAAAAUUUGGUGCAACAUUUCUUUUAGGGCCGUUUGCGUGUGGUUCCGCCACGCUACAAUGCGGCAGCACGGCAGGAUUUGCCCGUCGUGUUGGUUGUCACUGUUGUUUGAACAUUGCAUGCAUGUAAUUGCAUCCCUAAGAAGCAGGAUGAAACCAGAACUUUGACUGAGAUAGAUAUUUACUUACAAUAUUGUGUGUCAGUAAUGCUUGAAUUUGGUCUGGAAAAUGCGUACCUGAUCAAAAUUACCGAUGCCAUUUUAAGAAGGCUCGCUGUGGUCUAUGCAAGGAAAGCUGGUUUCAUUUUCAUGAUUUCGUUUACCUUGAAUCUUUUUUUCCAGUUACUAAAACUUUGGGUGAAUAAUGUUUCUACUUAUUUAAUUUUUACUGCAUGGCCCAUAAAUAAAUAUUGUAGGUAUACUCAUAGCCAAGGCAGUACCAUAAGUUGGGUCCUCAAGUGUAAACAUGUAUGCCUGGCCCUUGCAUAACUGUAUGAUAACUGUGAUUGUGUGAUCACUGCUACUGUCAGCAGCUUGGUUUUUCUCGUUACUAUGUUAGUGAAGUUCUUUUUAGAACGGUCAGUGUCACAAACGAAAAACGUGAAUAAAAAAUAAUCUGCUUUUGUGCAGCACAUGUCCCCAAUAUUGUGAAUCUUAUUGAAACAAAGCUCAUAACAACCAGGCUGGAAAUUGGCAUGUUCGAAAUGUGCCAUGCACUCUCGAAAUAAGCAGAGGUUCGUGUGGAUUCUCAAGUGACCCACUGUACUAAGCUAGCUUCUACACUUGGGAAAAGAUGUUUUUCAAUAUUAAAAAAUAGCCUCAUAACAUGACAAUCUCACCUGUGGCUGAACAGUUCAUGGUUAUGCCUUUCUCACAAGUCAGGAGCAGCAUCCAAGUUGUCUGCGCCAUUGUUACACAAGUCAGAAAGCUCAGUGUUUGUUCCAGAAAUUGUGGGGGCACUUUUAGUUUAUGCACAGAAACACUACCGCUUGGCAGAUUUGCUAGGUGUCGUAUUGGGAUACAUUUAAUAGCACUUGUUACUAACAGUUCUUACUUUUAAUUUGUUGUCACAGUUGUUACAUUUAGUUGUUAGCUUGGCCUUGCACUGCCAUCUACUAGCCUCCUGAUUAAUCCUGAUGUUAGCUACCCACGAAGGCAUUGAUUGUACGUUCUAUCACUAGACCAAGAUAAUUUUCUUUUUUAAGGAUAUCAUGCAAAUCCUUCUUUCUGAGAAACCCUCGGGACUACCUGCGUGGCUGAAUAUUAUUUUCUGGUGAUGAUAGUUCUGGCUUUUUAACCUUUAUGACUGACACACUUAUAUUUAUAAAGUGUCGCUAUCAAAUCUUUCAUUUCUCAUCUAUCAAUUUCACUACUUGAGGGAGGUAAUUUUGGGACAGUUGAUUAUUCAUGAUAGUCUAGAAAAGCACAUGAACAGAGUGUAUCUUUUUUCUAUACGUUCAUCCCUUGUCUCUGCUGCUGUUCUAGGCAGUCAAGAGACAGCAGCAUGAAACGUUUGUUGCACCAUAUGGUACUUAAAGCUGCUUACAACUUGCAUAGAGGAUGAUUCUACUGAUUUGUGUUUGGAGCCUUAAAGGGACACUUAAGUGCAACAAUGAAUUAAUUUAGAUGGAUAGAUUGUUGUUUGAAAACUCCACGGUCGUUAAUUUUGCCAUCACAGUUUUGUUAAUAGAAGAGAAAAUUAAGCUCAAAGGUUCAAUUAUAAAUUUUCCAAAGUGACGUCCAUGCGUGUCCAUUUUGGCUACACUGGGUCCACAAAAUAUCUUGGAACUUGGCAUGUUAAGCUUCUGAACCUCUCGGAAGGGCAAUGUGCUUAGUUUUCACUGAUUAAGUUCUAUUUAAGUCUCAGCAGGUGCUCUCGAAGUCUAUUGACGACGCCACAGCGAGUUGGUGCGGGAACUGGUUAACAGUCAAGGGCUGUGCUUUCAAAGGUGUAGUUAGUGGGUAAUUUAAUAACACGAGAAAAAUUGUUUUUCUCUUCAGUGUCCCUUUGAAAAAUCCACACGUGUUACGACAAUACUAGGACUAACUUCAUAUUUUCCACUGUCUUCGUUAUCAAAUUGGAGCAUAUUUGGUAAUUACUCAGCAAUACUUUACUUUUAAAUUAUUGCCUUAAACACAAAAUAUUACGAAGUUGCAGAGCCUCUAGACAGAUUACACAAAUAAUGUCACUGUGUUGGUGCCUACUAGUCUCGUACAACUUUUUUUUUCAAGUCUUGCACACCUCAAUUGCAGCCUUAAAAAAAUUAAGAUCACAGGGGCUAUAAUCGUGGAGAGGAAUUAUUUGGUCAGUGGGCUGUACAGCUUUGCUACUGAAAAUUUAGCAUUUAAAACCCCACUUAGAAGUUCACACAUAAUUAAAAUCGCUUAUCUAAGUUCAUGGUAAAGUAUACUCAUAGUUGCUCAAGAGAAAAGUUUUUCGAGCUGGUUUUGCCUGUUAUGGAAUGUAUGGCUCAUCGUUAUUUUUCAUGUAUUGAUAACAUACUGCAGGCCUCAGUUAGAACCCAAACAGGAAGGGCAUAGGUAGCACACAAAGUGAAAAGAUAUAUAUUAAAGCAAAAGCAAACAAUAAACAAUAAAAUAAAAACAAUAAAACACCCAAUAAAACUCACUGAUAAUGCAAUCCAACACGGAGAUGUAAUACACAGUGCGAAACAAAUUAACAGUAAAAGAAGAACAUGCAGAACUAUGUGAUAAUGUUAGAGGAGCAAGUAUUACAUUGGUGCACUUACACAGUAUGCGGAAGACAUGAACAAAAGCACAUUUUACAACUUAAUUGUUCAGAAGCAUCAAUACUGGACAGAUGUGCUUCAGGCACAUCUGUGAUAAUCAUGUCCACAUCUUGCAGUAUGCUAGUUAACUGUGAUGACAACCAUUGCUAAAUUACAUUCUUUAAACCAGCAGUUACAUAAAAACAGAUCGACAAAAGAUCUGUAUAAGAGCUGCUAAAAGAAAAACCAGCAAACUAAAAUUGGCAUGAUCCAACAGGCUCUUGUUCAGCAUAUGAAUAAUUCAAUUUAUUAUUUAUUAUCCAUAUAUAUAACAUCCCAGUUUCACACAGGCAGGACCCUUUCAAGGAUUGCAGCAGCGGUCUGUUUGUUAACAUAUGUGAUAGCUUCUGUACACGUUAAGUCCACAAAAAACAAAUACUCAGCUGCAGCCUCGAUGUCUAGAGCCUGUGCUUCUUUGGACGGGCAGUAUAGUUCAUUCAAAGAGCUGGGCUUGCUGUCGGCAAACGAGAGAUGCUCUUCGAGAGAGCGUGCAUGCCUUGUGGCAGUUGAGAUAUUUCCCCCGUGCCAUAUUUUACUUCUUGCUUCCUUGUAUUUACACUGAGGAGCUAUGGAAGACAUGAUUGUCAAGUGCUUGUGAGAAAAUAUCCUAAUAGUAUAUAUACAGACUUGUAUGUAUGUGUUUAUAGUCAUCAGUUGUCUUCUCAUUUCAUGUGUGAACAGCACUGGGCUCACUUCUGAUAUCCAAGGUCUCACAUUCUGAGUCUUAUUAGGGGCCGGGAGAAAGGUUUGCUGUACGUAUUAGCAAGAACAUGAGCUGAUAUGUGAGAGACAACCAGGUGGUCAAGAGAUUCCUGCACUACUGUUGUCUCGCAAAAAAUAUGUCAACAACGGUGGAGCUAUAAGUGUUGCAAUGAAAAUGUUCUACAUUUUGUCUUCAUCUUGUGAAGAAAUUGCCGCCUCCAGAUGAAGCAUUACUGAAUGGUGUGCUGCUUUGCGUUUACUGUCCAAUGAUUGCACACUUUGUGAAAUCUUUUGAUUAUGGCUGCUCCUUUAACUAUGCGACUAGUGAAGCUGCAGUACUGACUUUAUUAAGCACAAGGAAUCUUGUGUGUCUCUGUGCAGCCUGAAAAAGCACACACACAAAAAAAAAAGUCUAGGUAGAAUCUUGCACUAUUGUAAUAACUACUUAUUUGAAGAUCUCUAGCAUGUACAGUACUCACGGAUUGAAACGGGACAAUUUAGGGCUAAGUAAGGCGAAUACUUUCGUUUCCACCGUCUUCAGUUUGGCUCAUAUCGGUGCAAUUUCGACUCAAAGCAUAGAUCAGAGCCAACAUUAUCUUUAGAGACCAGAUUUGCCGUGACGUGACGUGGUUAUCUCGAGCAAUUGCGCAUGCCAGUCGUUAUACUAAAAAAUUUGAUGCCGCGUUUGAAUUUGUCAGCAUGGUAAGCUCUGCUGUAGGCUGUUGCACUUGAUGAAUUGUAUGUGUGAUUUUGUGUACACAUGAGCCCAAUAUACUUAUUUGGACAUUCACAGCAAAAUUUGUUCUGUUUCCUCGUUUAAAAUAAAAAAUUACUAUUGUGUUUGGUACUUGUUUCUCACACGCAUGCCAGCACGUUUAGGCCUCAUCUUGUAUUAUCAUUCAGGGGAAAAGGAACUGGUGUUGUGCCGUUAUUUUGCUGAACAAAUAAUACACUACUUGUAACCUGCCUGCUUUAACGCACCUUUUUGCUCAGCUCGUACAUUUCUUUUUAAGUGGUUCCUACUCGCAGAGCUCUUUUCUCCACAGUGGCCCUCUUGCAUUUUGUGUCUUUCAUGAUGUUAAAUAUGACAGCACUUGUUAAAAUGGUAAAGGUAAAGGCCACUGUAUGUAAGCUUUGCUUCCUUCUUGUUGACAUUUGUAGUUUGUGCAUAUGUGUGCACACUUGGCUAGUGAACAUUUGAAUGACUACUCGUACCAUGCCUCGCUAAUGUGAGAGUGUCUAUUUAUUGCUGACCACUACGCAAAUGCCUUCAUUGAAAUCGAACAAUAGAAAAACAAAACGUCCCACCUUGAGGCAUGGUUCUAACCAUGACUAAAUUAUCAUCAAAGCUUGGAAAAUGUUUGCCAUGGCAAACUGAGGUAUUUUUUCUUCAUUACUCAAGUGAAAUUAUGUGUUGUCAUGUUUUGAUUGAAUAGAUACCUUUACAUAUUUUGAAGAGCAUUACAACAUUCCCAACUUGAAUUGGAUGCAUGCGGUUGUGCCAGUUUCUUGUUUUUGCAUGUUGAGUGAAGUGCAAUACGGUAUAACAAGUCUACUGCUGCCAAUGCUAAAAGCUACGUGCUAAAAGUUUCAUAUUUUGUCUUAAUGUGUGCUGUGCAUACUCCUGUAGCACAAUGAGGAGUACUGAUGCAAUUCAUUGUUUAAGUUACGCGCUCGUAUUUCAAGUAUCGUUGACUAAAUUCCUUGAGUAACACCUUCUUUAAGAUUAGUUAUUGUAAAUGCAGUUUAGUCAUCGAUGCUUUAUGCAUUUGAAACCGCUUGGACAGCAAUCAACAGGUUGACACCACUGUUAUUUAUGAUGUCUGCGAAUCAGUUGUGCUAUGGAAUAAAGAAAAGAAAUUCAA